GUUCUGCGCCCAUGUCGUCCUCUACGCCCGAAUGACAGACCCCCCACAGCCUAAGCCCGGACAGACUAUGCGCGCCGAUGCCCGCGGAGAGUGCGGGGCGUGCAGCGACGCAGACGGCAGGGCACCUUCCGAGGAAGGGCGGGGGACGGGAAAGGAUCGGAGGGAGGAGGGGCAUGAGGCCGCAGGGCGGGGCAGGAAUCGCGCACACGGGAGAGAGUCGCCUGUGGCCGCGGCUGCGCAUCGCCCACGCCGUCGACCGUCUCCCACACUCGGCCCUACGGAUCGCUCUCCUCCCCAGGCCCAUGCACGAUCCCAAGCCCAUCACCGCAACCCACAUACAUCUAUCGUCCGCGCCCCGGCAAGCCCGCCCAAUGCUGCUCCUACAUCCUCCCUCCCCUCCGUCCCAAACGUCCCACAUGCCCGCAUGUCUUCCCACAAUCUCCUUCCGCUUCUCCAGUGCCCGCUCUGCCCUCCUCCUUCCCUCCUCCAUGUCCCUCUGACCCUCCACUGCGGCCAUACUUUCUGCGCGUCCCACUUCCCCCCUCACAACAAGCCCUCCACAUCCAAGGAGGUCGACAUCCCCCCCGCCCUCCCGCACUGCCCUCUCCCGACGUGCUGCCCUUCCUCACCCCGCUACCCGGCAACCUUCUCGCGCACACCGCCGAUUGACGUCACGACCAACAAGCUGCUUGAGCUUGUCCUCCGUGCUUCUCGGGAUGACCUCCAGCCAGACUCUCCUCCGCCACAUUUCUCGGACGACUAUGAAGACCGCACAGACUCGGAACGCGAGUACGACUCGGACUCGGACCUCGAGUAUCUUCCCUUAUCCCCACAACCGCCCUCUUUCCCGGGUACCCCGUCCACAACAAGAGGCACCAACCAGCCGCGCACCGGGUCAAGCCGUUCCCGCUCGCCCCCAGAGGCGAGCCCCCGGCUACAUCCUCGCAAACGACGCCGACGACUCUGUCGGCGUGCUGCUGGCCCCUCCCGGUCUCAGGCGCAGCCCCAUCGCAACGACCACGACCGACAUACGCAGCUUGAGAAGGAGCUCCUCUCAGAGCUCACGUGCGAGAUAUGUUUUGGGUUAUUCUGGCAGCCCAUAACGACGCCGUGUCAACACACGUUCUGUACGCGCUGCCUGUUCCGUUCGCUCGACCACAACCAGACGUGUCCCCUCUGCCGGCAGAAACUCCCGGGCUACGAUUACUUCCAACAACACCCCUGUAAUAAGGUCAUCCUGGCCAUCAUUCUUAGAGCAUUCCCAGAAGCCUACGCUGAGCGCGGGCAGGCUGUCGAGGUCGAGGAACGCGAUGCGCGCCUCGACACUCCCGUGUUUGUCUGCCAGCUCGGCUUCCCGGGCAUGCCAACCAUCUUGCAUUUCUUCGAGCCGAGAUAUCGGCUCAUGCUCCGACGAUGUCUCGAGAAUCCGAACCCCUGCUUCGGGAUGAUCCCACCCCCCCGCGCUGCCCCCUCGACGUCCGCUAACGGCAGUGUGAGCACUGGGAACGACUACGGCAUCAUGCUCCAGAUCAGGAACGUGCAGAUGCUCCCCGACGGCCGGAGCGUGGUCGAGACGUGGGGCACCUGGCGUUUCCGCAUCAUGGAGCGCGGCAUGCGUGACGGCUACACGGUCGCUCGUGUAGAGCGCAUCGAAGACUACGAGGACGAACUAGAUGAUAGCGCAUUCGCCCCGCCCGAUGAGGAAGUCCGCAGUAUGAAUGGCGACAGCGAAGCCAUCGCCGCAGAAGGCGGCCCCGUCGCGUAUUCUGGCUCUCGCGGUCAGGAAGACUUGCAGUCAGCUGACAGCCGCGUGGUUGAGCGCGCGGGUGACCAGGCAGAAGAAGCGCCCUCGAGGGUCGAAAUCGGUGACGUCAUGCAGGCGGAGUCGGAAUUGCCAGUAGCUUCCUCGGAAGUAGCCUUGGACGUGGGCGCAGGCGCGAUCGCUCCCCCAUCUUCGCACCCACCCAGGAUUGCUGCCGACCAUCGCGCUGCUGCUCGUCCAGAAGAUGCGACCCCCACUCCGUCUCCCGCGGGCGAGCGACAGCCGAACGGGAAGGCACCUGCUGCCCUGCGCCCGCCGACGAACGCCGAACUCAUGGCCAAGUGUCAUGCGUUCAUCGACCAGACACGGCGGGGUACCCCGUGGGUCGUGCAACAUCUGCAUAAUAACUAUGUCCCAAUGCCCAGCGACCCCGCCAGCUUCAGCUUCUGGAUGGCACUGCUUCUCCCGAUCGACGAGCACGAAAAAGCGAAGCUCCUGCCCAUCCGUUCUCCACGCCUCCGGCUUCGGCUCGUCGUGCAUUGGAUCGAGCACCUCAACAGCCAAUGCACACGUGCUUAUGCGUCUGCGUCUGCUUUGCAGGUGGUUCUCUGGCGGGUGCGUGAUUUCCUGAUGCUGCCUCGGGCGGUGCGCGUGUGGGCGAUGCUGUUCGCGUACGCCGCCCUGCUCGCCGCCAUAUACCUCGGCCAGUCUGUCGCCCAACGUCCUGGCUCCAGCGCGGGCGGGGCCUCACACGGCGCGUCGGAGCGUGGGGGACUUCUGUAAAACCUGUGGAAUGGAUGGACCGCUCGACGUCCAGCCGCCUUCUGCGAAUUGUGGGUCUGCUGUCAACUCCCGUCCCGGCCGUUGGGUUCAAUGCGCGUAGUGCUAGUGGUAAUAGGGCCGGUGUGUGCUUUCGCUGUCAUCUAUACUUUUCUCGUCACCUGCAUUUUUCUCUCUUCAUUCUCUCGAUUUCCACUCCGCUUUCGUACUGUUGUAUUUGGGCGCCAUGCUAGGUUGCCCGGGACUCCCUACUAGCCGUCACUUCCACACACUCACGGUCUUGGAUCUUCAUGCCCACCAUCCACAUGCAUCCGUCUCCUUCAACCUCCCAUCCCAUCCUUCUCCAUCAAGAUCGUCCCUCGUGCUCCGAGUCCAUUGCCUGUUUUCGGUGUUAAUCGCAAUGAAUGGACUGUAUUGGGAUAUACAUAGUAAUAUCAUGUACAUCAUUUUCCCUCUGUGCUUUGCUGCCGUGUUGUCUCGGCCACGUUUUUGCUUAGCCUUGGCUACCCCAAUACAAGCGCCCCGCGUCGCUAUCGUCGUU